AUGAGCACCGGAACGCCAUACAUCGGCAGUAGAAUCAGCCUUAUAUCAAAAGCUCAGAUUCGAUAUGAGGGAAUCUUGUACACCAUUGACACGGUCAAUUCGACUGUAGCGCUCGCAAAAGUGAGGUCCUUUGGAACAGAGGGCCGUCCCACAGACAGGCCCGUGCCACCCAGAGAUGAGAUUUAUGAAUACAUCAUAUUCAGAGGAAGUGACAUCAAAGAUAUCACAGUGUGUGAGCCGCCAAAGAUGCACCACAGCUUGCCUCAUGAUCCUGCCAUUGUACAGUCAUCUGUGGACACUUCAUCUGCGUCCUAUCCUCCACAGGCAGGCUAUAGUCCUUACAGAAGUAUGAUGCCAUCGUACAGCCAGUUGGCUGCCAGUUCACUGCUAAACCAACAAUAUGCUGCUGCAUUAGGCCUAGGGGCCGGUCUUCAUGGUCUUCCCUUGAGAAGAGGGCCCAUGGUGGAGCAGGCUGUCCAGACAGCCCCUGCAGACAAAUCAGCCCAGAAGAAAGCUUUGCCUGGGGCCCAGCCACAGGGCCGUGAUUUGGGAAGACCCCAACGAGGGGCAAGGGGUAGCCCUCAGGCCCAGAGGACCUCUGGCCUGAACAAUGUGUCUGCUGCACAGCAUGGUUUGAUACCGGGACAAAAUCAAGGCAGUGAUGAGAACAGACCACCCCAGAGAAGGAGACAAGGCACACGCCGGCCUAGGAAACGUGGCAGAGGUCAAAUCCUAGUUGGGAAUUCCAGGCCUACCACUCUUCAGUUUGAAUCUGAUUUUGACUUUGAAACGGCAAAUGCACAGUUCAAUAAGGAAGACCUGGAAAAGGAGAUCCAGGACAAGUUGAAUGUCAAAGGUUUUGAAAAGGAGAAAGCUGAGCCUGGUGUAGAUGCUCAGGAGAGCAAAGAGACUGUAGAAAAUCUUCUUGGACCUAAGUGCUUCUAUAACAAAGCAAAAUGUUUCUUUGAUAACAUCUCCUCAGAGCUCAAAUCAAGACGCACAACAUGGGCAGAAGAGAGAAAGUUGAAUGUGGAAACGUUUGGGGUUCCUGGACGGUACUUGAGGGGCCGAGCCUUCCGUGGGGGUUACAGAGGACGCAGAGGAGGGGGAGCCGUGCCGCGUUUUCCUCCACAGAGAGUGGGAAGUGGAAGACUGUGA